CGAGCAAUGCAAAUCAGCGUCUCCGCUCGUCACUCCCACAAGGCGGCUGCUUAACGCGUCGCUGCGCGCUGACGUAUAGUCGUGACGCCCACAAAGUCUCGCGUGAUGAGGGUUGCGGCGUCGGGAUUUUUCACAUGACAGGAGGAGGGAGCUUGCCGCUAACAGCUGUGCGGGAGGUAUGAGCACUCUGGCCCCUCUCAGACUCUCAGACAUGGCAAGCCCAUCCCUCAGUCCAGAUGAAUCCUCUUUGUCAGCAGCAGUGAGUAUAUCUCCCUCAGACUCGGAGAACCUGAGUCCUGAUGAACUAGAGCUGCUGAGCAAACUGGAGGAGCAGAACAGGCUUCUGGAAGCAGAUUCCAAGUCUCUACGCAGUGUCACAGGGCCCUGCAGAAGCUCCGUCACCUCCCCGGGGCCAUCACAUCUGGACCAGGAUAGCUGGGAACUGUGGGGCCGCAUCAUCACACACUGGGAGGAAUGGACCAGGAGGAAGGAGAAGCUUUUAAAGGAGCUGAUUCGGAAGGGCAUCCCAUAUCACUUCAGGGCCAUUGUAUGGCAGAUGCUGUGCAACGCCACAGACAUGCCGGUGAAGAAGCAGUACGCUGAUUUCCUGAGAAUGUCUUCCCCCUGUGAAAAACUCAUCCGCAGGGACAUCGCUCGCACCUACCCUGAGCAUGACUUCUUUAAAGGGCAAGACAGCCUGGGGCAGGAAGGUCUAUUUAAUGUAAUGAAGGCCUACUCACUGGUAGAUCGGGAGGUGGGCUACUGCCAGGGCAGUGCUUUCAUAGUAGGACUUCUGCUAAUGCAGAUGCCGGAGGAAGAAGCCUUCUGUGUAUUUGUUCGGCUGAUGCAGGAGUACAGGCUGCGAGAGCUUUUUAAACCCAGCAUGGCUGAGCUCGGCCUGUGUAUAUAUCAGCUAGAAUACAUGCUGCAGGACCAGCUGCCAGAGCUGAGCCAACACUUCCGCUCUCACAGCUUUCACACAUCUAUGUACGCCUCAUCCUGGUUUCUCACCCUGUUCCUCACCACCUUCCCUUUGCCAGUGGCUACCCGUAUUUUUGAUAUCUUUAUAUAUGAGGGCCUGGAGGUGAUAUUCAGAGUGGGGAUGGCACUGCUGACUGUUAAUCAGAAUGAAUUAAUGCAGCUGGACAUGGAAGGCAUGUCGCAGCAUUUCCAGAAGGUUAUCCCUCACCAGUUUGACAGCUGCCCAGAUAAACUCAUUCUGAAGGCAUAUCAAGUGAAGUACAACCCUAAAAGAAUGAAACGACUGGAGAAAGAAUAUGCUGCCAUUAAAAGCAAAGAGAUGGAGGAACAAAUUGAAAUCAAGCGGCUGCGCACAGAAAACAGACUAUUGAAGCAACGCAUUGAAACUUUAGAGAAGGAAAGUGCUGCCUUAGCGGACAGGCUGAUCCAGGGUCAGGUGACGAGGGCUCAGGAAGCCGAGGAGAACUAUGCCAUAAAGCGGGAGCUGGCAGUAGUAAAGCAACAGUAUUAUACGGCAACUGAGAGUCUGCAGAAUGCCCAAAGUCUCAUUCGUCAGCUACAGGAAAAACAGACUGAUCCACGUAUAACGGAGGAGCUUGUGAUGCACUUGGAGUCAGAGCUGGAACAGUCCAGGCUACAGGAAACGGAGACCCUGGGAGCCCUGAAGGAGAUGCAGGACAAGGUGGUGGAUUUGGAGAAGAGGAACAACGCUCUUCCUGACGAGAAUAAUGUCGCUCUGCUCCAUGAUGAAGUACAUGCUCUAAGGAAGAGAGAAGCCCAUGCUCUGCAGGCCAUGCGAGAGGGUCAGCAGCAAGUGACAGAGCUACGAGACCGCUGGCAGUCUCUCUCUUCCAAAGGAGGUGGCAUUUGGAAGGACUCCCCCCGCAAGAACACAGCUGUGGACUUGCAGGAUGAGGCUAUGUCGUGCCGCUUGCGUGAAGUGGAGGCUCAGAGUGAAACGCGUGAGCUGCGACAGAGGGUGCUCAUCCUAGAGAGUCAGGAGGUGAUGCAUGAAAAGCAGUUAUCACGACUGGAGAAGGAGUGCAAGGAGCUAAGAGAGAGGUUACAAAGUGAGGCUGCCCACAGCAAGGCUUUACAGACACAAAUGAAUGAGGAUAAGCGCAGGCAUGCUGUUACAGAGUGCAAGAAUAAAGAAGAGGUAAUGGCAGUACGAUUACGGGAAGCAGACAGUAUGGCGGCGGUUGCAGAGAUGCGCCAACGCAUUGCUGAGCUAGAGAUACAGAAAGAGGAAGGGAUGAUACAAGGAAAGCUCAACGAUUCCGACUCUUGGCAGUACAUCAGGGAGCUGAAGGAUCAAAUAGACGAGCUCAGACAUGAGAUUCUUCUUCUUCGGGACCACAAACCUUAUUCUGAUCCUAUCACUUUUGAUGGGCUGCACCUCAAUUCUCGCUCAGGACAGGGAGAUGAAGAUUCCCUUCCAUCGUCCGAUGAAGAGUUGCUUUCCCGGCCCCUCGGGGCAUUGCAGGAUGCUUUGUACACACACUCUCCCCACAAGACCUGUUUCUUGAGGCCACUUCGAAGUUCUGCAAGCACUGACAGUGAUGAAGGAGCAGAAACUAAUGGAGUCACUCCAGAUACUCCCCCCGAUCCCGCUGAGGAGGAAUAACAUUGACAGGAAGAGGGGGAAGGGAGGAGACUUUUUGUAAAGACCUUUCUUAGGAUCAAAGCUGGUGGAGCGGGCAAGUACUGUUAUUUUCCCCUUCCCUAACUCAAACUGCCCCUUAACUAAAAGUGUGCAUAUCUCCAGCAAUCUACUCCAUGACCUCUGAAGAACAUGUAUUCAGGAGUGUUAUCUGCCCCCUUUCCUACUGCUCUGAGAACUAUUAUCCCCGAGCAUGGAAAUUAAUUUCAUCUACUUGUCACUCAUCAGGUGGGGAACAGAGGCUAAAUCUGUCAGACGAUUUCUGGGGUCUUUCAGCAGUUUGAAGUGAUAGGGGUUGAAAAAAAAAGGCAAUGUCCAAAACUACUGAUCAGAAUACCCUUUGUACUCGUCACCAAUCAAACAGCCCCUAUAAGACCCAUGAAAACUAAACGUGCACUACACACGAUGAGUGAGAAACUGAUUGGUCGGUAUAUUCUAGCACCUUGGGCACUGUGUACAGGAUAACGUUGCAUUUUACUACUUGAAAUCUUCAGCGUCGGAACAAAGUAUUAAAACGUGGAGUUUGUGUUAUGUGUAAACUUUAUUUGCUACAAUGUGUGAUGUUGAUAGUGAUUGGUACCAAUCACCUGGAGUCACAGAGCAAAGGAUAACUGUAGAAAUCUGGAUUCAGAAGAUCAAAGGAUGACUGCAGAACACUGGAUUCAAAGAGAACAAAGGAUAACUGUAGAAAUCUGGAUUCAGAAGAACAAAGGAUAACUGUAGCAUUCUGGAUUCAAAGAGAACAAAAGAUAACUAGAAAUCUGGAUUCAGAAGAACAAAAGAUAACUGUAGAACUCUGGAUUCAAAGAGAACAAAGGAUAACUGUAGAAAUCUGGAUUCAGAAGAACAAAGGAUAACUAGAAUUCUGGAUUCAAAGAGAACAAGUAUAACUAGAAAUCUGGAUUGAGAAGAACAAAGGAUAACUAGAAGUCUGGAUUCACAGAGAACUGUAGAAUUCUGUGAAUUCUGGAGUCACAGCGAACAAAUGAUAAAUGUAGAAUUCUGAAGUCACAAAGAACAAAGGUUGCUUGGAAUUUUAUGAAGGAUAAAUGAAGAAUUCUCGAACCAUGCUCCACCUACCUAGCAGCUCAUUCCAUAUGCAGUAAGUGUCUGUAACUAGGUCAGGGGAACUGGCAAAUCUCAUUGGUCAGAAAUGGUUUGAAUCCAAACCACCAUUCUGUCCAAAUAUCCGGAAAAGAAAAGCUAUUUCAAAAUAUAUUUGGUGCAUCAAUGUCAGGUCAUCAAGCAGUACGAUGGAACGUUGUCUGAGUUACAUGAUCAGUGAAAUCCCUAGCAGAAAGCUAGAAAGUUCACCAUCUUGACAUCCGUUCAAGAAGGGAAAAUCAGGCAAGGCUAAUGCUUUACACUGGUCUCUCUCUUUGAGAUAAAGCCACACGGUGACGUUCUGGUCCAGAAGAAAUGGUUAUGGAUGUUGUAUAGAAAGUGAGCGAGUUGGUGGUGCUUAUUGCUAGCAAAGAGUCCCUUUAACUAACAACUAAUCCUUGUAUCCUUCACUGUAUAUCGACAUGGCUGCUCUUAUCACUUUACAAGUAAAAACAUACAGAAAGUUCGAGAUAAUGAUCUUUUUCUACCAGUGGGUUUGACAGGUCCGUUGUAUUUAACGGUAUUUAACAUGAUGUCUCUUCAUGUAUUCAAGUCCAACCCAAGGUGCAGCUUUGUAGAAGACCGUCAAACCCUCCGCUUAUAUUAUUAGUAUGGAUACUUAGGAUGAGUUGAGGGAUGUACCAAGAUGGCUGUUAAUUAGAUGGCUGUUAAUUGGAUGUUUUUCUGGAUCUACCAAGGUGGCUGCAUGUGACGUGUCUAGAUGGCAGCCUAUGAGUGUUACUAGAUGUACAAGAUGGAGACUUAGCUUGUCACUAGCUUAGCCUAGAUGUUAGUAACGGUUUCCUCCACUAAGCUCUUUCAGAGCAUUUCAAAGGAUAUAAAACUUCUUACUGCCAAUAGACCUACUCUUGACCCAGUCUAUCUAUCAUAUCAUUUAAAGGAAGCCUGGUAUGUUUUCAAAGACACUCCAGUACAGUGUUACUAAUCUUUUCGACACUAAAACCAGAAUGUGUUUAAUGUGUGUGUAUAUAUGUAUUUAUAUAUAUAUAUAUAUAUAUAUUUAUUUCUCGUCAUUGUAAAUGGUUCCGUGUUGCUUAAUCUUAACUGGUCGGCUAAUGUUACGUUUGUUGGCGUUCUUUCUUUGUAUGAUAUCCUUGAGAAUUUCCUUCUUUUAUUUUUCAAGAGGAUGCAGUGUAUCUCCGCUGUUAGGGAAAUGUGUAGUUGUUCUGCCAGUUCUCCGUUUUCCAACAUGUGCGGGCAUUCCUGCUUGAUAAUGCUUAAGGGUGGUCCACUGAAUGGAUGGUCCACUGAAUGGUGGUCCACUGAUUAGAUGGUCCACUGAAUGGAUGGUCCACUCAAAGGACGCACUUGAGAAAUGGUUGAGCCUUACAUUCCCACAAGGGAAUUCAUAGAGGUUAUAGAUUAGCAACAGCCAGAACAGCCCUUGAUUAAAGGAGAACUAAAGCCUAGUAAUGAAUAUGGCUAGAAAAUCUGUAUUUUAUAUACUGAACCUACUGUGGAAGCAGAGAGGUUCACAAUAAUGAUCCGGGUCUUCAAAGUUGUCUACAAGAACUUGCUGUCUUGGAUUCUAUUAGGCCAUCUCUUGUGUGUCGGUGGCACUGCACAUGCUCAGUGUGAAAAGUUGAGCAUGGGGGGGGACAUCUGAAAUCAUCAAGCAGAAAAUGAGGGGUUUCUUGUCAUAGAAGCUGACGCAGAACACAUUAGUUUCUGAGCUGCCAUGUAAUGUGUUACUGAAUUAAAUUCAGUAAAUUCAGCCUUAGUUCUCCAGAACUACAGUGUUAUUUUAUGAGGGAUUUGCUGUAGGUUUCCAAGCUACAAACCUCCGUUGGUAGAAGCUGGGCUAUGUCAUUUGGAAGGUGCUGUAACGCUAAUGUUAAAGGACAAUUCUAAUCCUAAGCAGACCAGCCCUCCCUUAAAUGCAAGGCUCCCAAAGGAAAAAAAGGGCAUCUAUAGAACGGCAUAAUGUCCACUGAAAACCUGCAUUAGAAAAUUGUCCUCAAACUAUUUCCCAUUCAGUUGUUUCCAGCACGUUCUGCCAUUUUAUAUUACCCUAGAAAUGAAAUGAUCAAACGGUUAUUUCUGUAUAGUUUAAAAGUAUUGUGUUUUUUUUCUGCACCGCUCCCGCUAACCAUUGUUAUUGCUCCCCCCAUUUCUGCCCAUGUUACAAAGGUGUGUACAUAACAUGAAAUGUUUUUGUUUGUU